CCAAGUUCGCCCUAAGUACAUUUCCAUGGGCCUCACAUGGAACCAGACCUCUCUUCCUCGUCUACUCAUUCCCCGCUCUACACCUCCCUCCUCGCCGCCGGCCACCGCAUCCGCCCCCUCACCCAAAUCCACGCCCGCAUCAUCAUCUCUACUCUCCAACCUAACCGUUCCCUCCUCACCAAACUCCUCACCCUCAUCAUCUCCUCCGGCUUCCCUCUCUACGCCCGCCGCCUCCUCCCUUCCGUCCCAAGCCCUGACACCUUCCUCUUCGACUCCCUCAUCCGCGCCUCCUCUCGCUCCACCCUCCCUCUCCACUCCCUUCAUUUCUACCUCCUCAUGCUCUCCUCUUCCCUCCGCCCUUCCAACUACACCUUCACUUCUCUUCUCAAAGCGUGCGCCGACCUCUCCGCCUUCAACCUCGGCCGAAUACUUCAUUUACAUGUCCUUGCCGAGGGCUUCGACCUGGACCGCUUCGUACAGACCUCCCUGGUUGUGUUUUACGCGAAAGUCGGUAACCUGGCCGUUGCACGCAAGGUGUUCGAUAGAAUGCCUGAGAGAAGUGUGGUUGUAUGGAAUGCGAUGAUCUCUGGUUAUGAGCAAAAUGGGCGUGCUGGCGCGGCGAUCAAGUUGUUUUAUUUGAUGCAAGAGGAGGGAAUGGAGCCGGAUGAGGCUACUCUAGCCAUUCUUCUUUCUGCUUGUUCCCAAGUUGGCGAGUUUGGUUUGGGCAAGUGGGUUCAUGAGCAUUAUAUCAAUGGCAAGAAUUUGCGUCUUGGUGUAAUUCUUGGUUCUUCUUUGGUGAACAUGUAUGCUCGAUGUGGCCAUGUGGAGAAGGCUCGAGAGGUAUUCGAUGGGCUUGAAGAACAUAAUGUUGUUUCUUGGACUGCCAUUAUUGCUGGCUAUGGAAUGCAUGGAUUUGCAGAGCAAGCUAUGGAGCUUUUCAAAAGAAUGAAGAUUUAUGGCCCCUCGCCAAACCUCGUCACCUUCGUGGCUGUUCUGUCUGCCUGCGCUCAUGGAGGGAUGGUCGAGCAGGGCCGGGAGGCUUUCGAGUCCAUGAAAUUUGAUUAUGGUUUGAUUCCAAGAGCUGAGCAUCAUGUCUGCAUGGUUGAUCUCUAUGGCAGAGCUGGCUUGCUUGCUGAAGCCAUGCAAUUCAUAAGGGAUCAAAUAACAGGAGAGCCUGGAGCUGCAGUUUGGACUGCACUGCUCGGGGCUUGCAAGCUGCACAAAGAUUUCGACCGGGCGGCUCAAAUCGCCACAAAGCUUCUGGCUUUAGAACCUGAGAAUCCAAGCCACUAUGUUCUUCUUUCGAAUAUUCACGCAUUGGCUGGGAAGAUGGAUACAGUGGAAGAGAUCAGAGAAGUCAUGAUUUCCAGAGGAUGGAGGAAGCAGACUGGAUAUAGCUUGAUAGAGAUCAACAAUGUCUCCUACAUCUUUCGAAUGGGCGACAAAUCAAAUCCCCAAACGGUUGAAAUCUAUCAAUAUCUGGAGGAGUUGAUUUGCAGAAUAAGGGAAGCUGGUUAUGAGCCAAUGACUGACUCUGUGCUUCAUGAAUUGGAGGAAGAGGAGAGGGAGGUGGCGAUUAGAUUCCACAGUGAGAAGCUGGCUGUGGCUUUUGGCUUGUUGAGCACUGGUUCAGGAACUUUGAUUCGGAUUGUGAAGAAUCUGCGCAUUUGUGGUGAUUGCCAUUUGGCUAUCAAGUUCAUAUCAGGAGUGACUGGAAGGGAAAUUAUUGUCAGAGAUAAACACAGGUUCCAUCAUUUUAGAGAUGGUCUUUGUUCUUGCCAAGAUUACUGGUAAUAAUCCCUUCCAAGAUUGUUUA